CACUUCCGAACCUCGUCGACGUGGCUUCAUCUCCGUCACAGCGCUCCCCACUUCCCGCCCGUUUCUUCCCUCAGGCUCCGCUUCACGCUGUCACGCCCACACGCCACCGUUCUCCGCUCCCAAAUGGCACCCGCAGUCGUCGCACCCAGCUCCGCACCGGCCGCCGCGGUCCACCCGGCCCGCGUCCGUUUCCUCAGGCCCGGCUCCCCAUCCUCCUCCCCUUCCGGCCCCGUCGUCUACUGGAUGUUUCGCGACCAGCGAGCCGCCGACAACUGGGCCCUCCUCCACGCCGCUGAUCUCGCCUCGCGCUCCGCCGUCCCCCUCUCCGUCGCCUUCUGCCUCUCCCGCCGUUUUCUCGGCGCCCACGCCCGCCAGCUCGGCUUCAUGCUCCGCGCUCUCCGCCCUCUGUCUCGCCGCCUCGCAGCCCUAGGACUCCCCUUCUUCCUCCUACGCGGCGACGCCCCCGAUGUCCUCCCUGAUCUCUUCCGCCGCCUCGGAGCCUCCACCCUCGUCGCCGAUUUCUCACCCCUGCGCCCCGUCCGCGAUUGGAAGGACGCUCUCUGCGAGCGCCUCCCAGCUGAAGUUGCCUUCCACGAGGUCGAUGCCCACAACGUGGUCCCUAUCUGGGUCGCCUCCGACAAGCUCGAAUACAGCGCCAAGACGAUCCGCUCCAGGAUCCAUCGUCUCCUCCCGGAGUUUCUCGUCGAGUUCCCCAAGCUUCCGGCCCCUGCGGUGCCGUGGGCAGGGGAGGCACCGCCUGAAAUCGAAUGGGAUGAACUGAUCAACGAAGUCAUUGAGGAAACAGGGGAAGUGCCGGAGAUCAACUGGUGUGAGCCGGGGGAGGAAGCUGCGACAGAGAUGCUGAUGGGAAGCAAAGACGGCUUCUUGACAAAGAGGUUGAAGAGUUACGACAGCGAUCGUAAUGAUCCAGUGAAGCCGAGGGCGUUGUCGGGGCUCUCGCCUUACCUGCACUUUGGCCAUAUCUCAGCUCAGCGGUGUGCUCUUGAAGCUCGGAAGCUUCGGAAUUCCUGUCCCAAGUCGGUGGAUGCAUUCUUGGAGGAAUUGAUUGUGAGGAGGGAGUUGGCUGAUAAUUUUUGCUAUUACCAACCUCAUUAUGAUUCGUUGCAAGGUGCAUGGGAGUGGGCUCGCAAGUCCUUGAUGGGUCAUGCUAAAGAUAAACGAGAGCAUGUUUAUUCGAGAGAACAGCUAGAGAAAGCACAAACUGCUGAUCCUCUAUGGAAUGCCUCGCAACUUGAGAUGGUUCAUUGUGGUAAAAUGCAUGGAUACAUGAGGAUGUACUGGGCCAAGAAAAUCCUCGAAUGGACAAACAGACCAGAGGAAGCAUUGUCAAUAGCAAUAUACUUAAAUGACAAGUAUGAGUUGGACGGGAGAGAUCCAAAUGGCUAUGUCGGUUGCAUGUGGUCUAUAUGUGGCGUCCAUGAUCAGGGCUGGAAAGAGAGGCCGGUCUUUGGAAAGAUUCGCUACAUGAAUUAUGCAGGUUGCAAAAGAAAAUUUAACGUUGAAGGAUACAUAGCCUAUGUGAAUAAGCUGGUCAGUGGAACGAAGAAGAGGAAAUCGGAUAGUUUAACAAGUCUUGUAACAAAACAUUUGAAAUCAUAGCAAAUUGCACUGCGAGGAAUUUGAGCUCCACUAGCAUUCCAACACGUUAGCCAACUAAUUGGUGGAAGCAAAUGCUGAUCACAAGCACCUAUACCUGGUCAUUCAUUUUGGUUGCGACCUCAUGAUGAGUUUGCUUCGUUGAACUGGUACUUUGUUACCAGUUUAGGGGGAUGUUUUACAUGUAGAAUAGGCUAAUUAGGUUGUUGAUCAGUUAACCCAUUGGAUUCGGGCUUAAUCACUGCAUGGAAAGUGUUUUGAUAUUCUGGACUAUAACAUCACUGAAGUGAGAACAGAAGCACUCCAAAGAAGAAAAACUUUGUUGUAGGGAAAAAAAACCCAAACAAAAUUACUUUCAUGUGUUCUGUUGGAUUUCAUCAUAUAUUUUCCAAUAUGUUCAGUUAUGCCUAUGUGCUGAAUAAACUUUGUUGUAGUGAUUUUUUAAGAUGAUAUUUAGUAUGAUUUCAUA